CUGUGAAAGCAGCAAAAGAUCAACAAGUUCGAGAAUAUUGGAUUAAAGUAAUGGAAAUUCGAUUGGUUCGGAAUCAGCUAAUAAAAUGUUACAAAACCGAGGGUGUUAAUCAUUAUAAGAAUUGUAAAAAGUUGGCAGAUCUAUACGUGGAACUGCUUAAAGAAUACAAUUCAUCAAAUUCAUCAAAAGAAAAGCGAUGA